CAUAAAUCAGAAACGAGACAAAACGGUUGAAAACGCCAUUCUUAGUAAGGCGUAGGUUUUUGUUUGUACCGGAAGAUUGUGGCACCGGACACUAUUAACAGAAAUAACAACGAAACAUGGCUGCAUCAACGGGUCCUUCCUUGCUGCUGUCGGCUACCCUAAUGGUUGUCUGCUUUGCGGGCAUGCAGAUGUUCCGGGCACAAUUGGGGUCCACUGAGUACAUGACCAUUGUUGGAGGAUUUGUUGGCUCAAUCAUCUUCAUUUUAGCCCUGACAGCAAUUAACAACUUUGAAAGUUUGAUGUUUGGAAAAGGUUUUCAAGCGAGGUUUUUUCCAGAAGUUGCAUUGGCAUUGGUGGUUGCCAUGUUUACUUCAGCUCUUGUACACAGAGUUUGUGUCACCACAUGCUUUAUCUUUUCCAUGGUGGCCCUAUACUACAUCAACAAGGUUUCAGCAACAAAGUACCAAGCCACAUCUGUUGCACAGACACCAAAGCAGGAUAAGAAGAAAAAGAAAUAGACUGUUCAGUGAAUAUUAGACUCAAAAUAUGUGUACCUGUCACUAGUGGAAUUCUGUACUGUGUGUUUGUGUUAUUCUACAUGCUCUAUCAUAAAACAAUGGUAUUAAUACUAAGAAACACUUUAAGUUUAUUUUCUCAUGAUAUGUUCCAUACUUUGAAAAGAACGCUUUGUACAUCAGGUUAAUUUAUAAAUAUAUUAUUAUAAUUUUCAUUGGCAUAUAUACAUGUAAAAUGUUAUUGAAGUUAGUGACAAAUAAACGUUAAGAUAA